GGCUGUCUCUCUCAAGCUUUACCAAGAUAAGGAAAGAACAUGAUUUGCAUCCACCCACCAGUUAUUGCCUUCUGAUUAAUCAAGCACAUAUGUCUUUCUCAAUCUUUUAUUUUAAACCUUGCUAUCAAAUAGUUUAAGUAAAAUGAUUGAAACCACUAAAUUGUGAGUUCGAAAAGAGUUCUAAACUGUAGAUCUUAUUAUCUAACGUCACUAUCUAAUGUGAUAUUUUGGUCAGAACUCUAAUAAUAGAGCUCUGAAUCACUUCUCAUAGUUUAAUCUAAAAACUGUAAAGGUCUUUCAACACAGCAUAUUAAGUUCCCAGUAAUUUCCUUUUGGAAUCUAGGGUUUGUCUAUGUCAAUUAACUUGCUAAACCACAAAUGUUCUCUUCAAACAACAGUUGUACCAAUCCUUUUCCUCCAUCUUUCCACCACCACCUCUCUCCUCCACACUUUGUCGGCCACGAUGGACCUGACAUUUUCCUCUUACACCACCACCACCACCACCCCGAUCCGCUCUUGGGUGACUGGCUUUGGGACAAUUUUCCAGUCAUUGAUACAAUCUCCAGUUCCACCAUAGCAGCUUCAAAACAAGAAACCACUGUACACCAUUGUAGUUCUUUUCCUCCUCAGAAUGUGCUUCCUAGGAAGAGAGCUGGGAAGAAAGACCGGCACAGCAAGAUUCGUACCGCUCGAGGCCUGAGGGAUCGGAGAGUGAGGCUUUCCAUUGAUAUUGCUAGUAAGUUCUUUGGUCUUCAAGACAUGCUAGGGUUUGACAAACCAAGCAAAGCCCUAGAUUGGUUGCUUACAAAGUCUAAAACAGCAAUUAAUGAGGUAAAGCUAAUGCAGAAGAAACACAGUCUGUUAAUGCCUUCUCCUACUUCUGAAUGUGAACAAGUAUCAGGAGGAACCAAUGAAAAUUCUGAUGACAAUGGAGGCAUAAAGGAUACAGUUUCUAAGAUAAAGCCAUUGAUGAAUGUUGAAAAGGACAAAAAGGUCCAACAACAGCAACACAGAGCGGCAUUUCAUCUCCUUUCGAGGGAGUCUAGGGCAAUGGCUAGAGCGAGAGCAAGGGAAAGAACAAGAGAAAAGAUGUGCACAAGAAGGCUUAAUGAUCCGAAAGAAGUUGUCAACGAUUCAAGCCCUCCGAUCUUGAACCGAUCUACUUGCUUGAGUCAAAUUGAAGCUUAUAAGGGAAUGGAUUCCAACAAUCAUAUGGUGUUGCGAAGCGGCUUAACUGAGGAUUCUGUUGUGAAGCCAUCUUCAGUUUUCAAUGGACAAAAAGAUGUAUCAUAUUCAUAGUCCACUGGGAAUGUAAAAGACCUUGUGUGUGAGUCAGGAGUCAUUUUGCAGAUUCUUCAGAUAUGAAGAUUCAAGUUUUUACUGCCUGUGUAAGUAAAUAUUGUUUCAUAUAUGCUGCUAUCUUCUACCAAAUAAACAGGAUUCAUCUUGUGUAUAUAGUUUCAUCAUGUUUUUUUAAUACCAAGAACUCGCAGUAGUAUCUUGCUUUGUCCAUGUAUAUAUAACUAGAUCAGUUUGCAUUUUAGUUAAAAGAAUAUAUAUUAUCCUUUGUUUUUG